GAGGCUGCACAGUACAGCCACAGUUGAUGUGCUUUUAUAGAGACACACGCACAGAUUCUGCAUCAUUUUCCUCACCUUGAACAUCCCAGCUCACAUGUCUGCACAGAGGUUUUGAUUCGGCUUGUAACUUCUCUGCCAAAAUGUGCCUUUUCAGAGCGGCCCUGCUGUUUGCUGCACUGGAUUUCAUUUCCUGUGCCACAUUUUUAGCACCUUUAAACAUGGGAGGAGUCACAGGCCAAGUGCAGUUUGACUCCAACAACCAGACAGCCACCUUAAACGUGUCAGGUGCAGGAUCCUGCUCUGCAGUAAACAUUUCCCUCACUGUGUUCCCCGUCAUGUACGGCCACUUCGCUGAGCCCUGCUCUGAGGCAAACAUUGGUGUAAGCGUCUUCACCUUCACUGGCGAUCCUUCCUCCGCCUCUCCCAUCAAUGUGUCACUUCUCUUUGGACAAAUAUCAAACUUGGAUGACCUCUCACUGUCUUUGGAGACAUGUGACGGCAUUAAAAUAUGCACAGUUGUAAGUCAAGGUCAGACACGACUGACUCGCCAGGCAAGAUUCACAGAGUCUGUUGCUGGUAACAUUUACAUACGUGCUAAUGUAAAUAAUGCCAACCCUAGGCUUCUUGCUGACCUCGUGACUAUUGGUCAGGUGAAUGCCCCAGAAAUCAGCAUCAACAUCUUUGGAUCCACAAGUACAGCAGCUAAUUGUACCAUACUGCUUGAUAGUUUAGAUGAAGCAUCUUUAACAAAUCUGGGAAGUGUGAAAGUCGGAAACCCUUUGAGUCCUCAGAAAUCCCGUCUGGAUUUUAGUAGCUUUAGACUGUACUCGUAUCUUCUCCUCAGGGUGGGGUCCAGUUACAAUUGUGCUCAGGUAUACAACAUGCUAGAGAAAGAAGUGAGAGCUGUCAUGAACAUGAGAGGAAUCAGUGGAUAUUUCAACUUCCGUCAGGCUUCACCGUUUGACGUGACACAGCUUAGUGUGAAUCUGGCAAACUUAAGGGAAUUAGUUGGCCCCUACCACGUCCACAAUUUUCCUGUCCCUUCAGUCAGGUCAGGCCAAUGCUCAAAUGAUAAUGUGGGUGGACACUAUAAUCCGUUUGCUGUUGACACAACUUCUGAAACAUACCCUGUAGGGCCAGGAUCAACUCAUGACAAGUAUGAGACAGGUGACCUGGGUGGCAAACACAUGUCUCUUUCUGGUAGAAGUACAUUUCAAAUGACAUUUACUGACUUCAGCCUUCCUCUGUUUGGACAGAACAGCGUUGUAGGUCGCUCAGUUGUGAUUCACCUGGUCAAUGGUGAAAGGUACGCGUGUGCUAGCAUUGGUUAUCCUGGUGCAGUGACAGUAGCCAGUGCCACGUUUCAGACCCCUGUGGUGGGAAAGAUUAUCUUUACUCAGUUGGUGAACAAUCCCUUGUCAGAUGUGUCCAUCUUUAUGGAUCUGUCGUACGGAGAUCCCACAACAAUAAUGACUCAACACCAUAACUGGCACGUUCAUGAAUUCCCCAUUAGCUCAGAGAGGGAUGAUGACGAAGGGAGGUGUAUCACAACAGGAGGCCACUGGAAUCCUUUUAAGAUCAGCACAACUGAUAGCAGCUAUGCCCUUCACUGCAAACCAUCCUGCCCCCUAUGUUGUGAGGCCGGCGACCUCGCCAACAAAUAUACCACCAUUAAUCUUGACACCGACAUAGGUGGCGUCAAAUCCAAACACUUUUUCACUGACGUCACUUCGUGGUUAGACAUAUCUGGCAUUACUGGUCGUUCUGUGGUCAUCCAUGAAGCAGAAAGGGGAGGCCCGAGGAUCGCUUGUGCCAAUGUUACUGAGGUCCAGGUCCCUACAGCCAGGUUAGGGAAAUGGUUUGGCCCUGUAUCAUCUGGUGGCCAGGUGAAAUUCUCCCAAGCUGUCCCUCAAGGCCCUACAGAAAUCACUGUGUCCUUAAAAAACCUGCAGUCCUUAGCUGGAGGCUACCACGUCCACAUCUUGCCCAUUAUUGUUGGCAGCAGUGAUCCUUGCUCAGAUACAGACAUCCUUGGCCACUUUAACCCACUGGCCUGGAACACAUCUAGUUCUCCCUCACCGGGUGUGGGCACCGUGGACCAAUAUGAGAUAGGGGACAUCAGUGGGAAGUUUGGGAUGCUUACUGGCCAGAAUAACUUUGACGCUAUGUACAUGGACCCUAACAUGCCGCUUACUGGACCUUACAGCAUCAUGGGAAGAUCUGUCGUAGUCCACUACACCGAUGGAUCACGGAUGGUGUGUACAGAUGUCUUAUCAGACACAAAUACAAAAGGACAAUGGACACUUGCCAAGGCUACAUUUAAUGGAGUAGUGACUGGGACAAUCACACUGCGCCAGCAGAUGUUUCCUGAUGGGAGUAGCAGUGAUGUCACACUGAAUGUGGACCUUAAGUCACCUGCAAGUCAAAGUAUUCCCAAGGCCUCCCUGUUUAUCGCAAGCAACCGAAUGAAUGCCACCAGCGGCCUGUGCACCAGCGUGGGAGACACUUUCAACCCCUUCAACAUGAAACCACAGAGCUCCAGCUGUUCGCUCCAAAACCAGCUGAGCUGUGUGGUGGGGGAGUUUUCUGAAAGACAAGGCAAUGUCAGCCUGGUUGGGAGAGAAGUUUACUCUGACAGCAACAUCCAGCUGUCAGGAGACCACACAGUUGUCUACAGGUCUCUUGUGUUGAAGAGUGGUAACAGCAUCCUUGCGUGUGCCGACAUCCUCCCAGAAUCCCAGUUCGCAGAGCAGACCUUUCCCAAUGUGAGCUCCUUUAGCCGGUAUGAUUUCCGAAGGAGAGUCGCAAAUGUUCUGCAGGCAGAAAUGGCGAGGAUAACCAUCUUGCCCGGCUCUACAAGCAUUACAGAAAACGGCCAGUGCCAAACAGUCAACUUCAUGGUGUCGGGGGAUGUCAGCACAACUCUUCUAAGUUCUGUCAAAACCAGUGAGCUGAUGGGCCCGUUUAAAGAAAGUACCACAUGUACAAGAGCUUCUGCAGGACAGCUGGUGCUGCCAGAAAUCUUCUCGCUGUGCCUGAUGUUUGCUGCUGCCUUCCUGCUGCCGUCUGCAGCCUCUUUAUAAAACCAGAGCCCCAUUUUCACCUCAAGUCGUCGUCAGUGGAGACACACGGGUCCUGCUUUUGUAAAACUGUGAAUGUGAAAUGUCACCCAUCAAAUGUUGCAGUGGUGACUGGGCAAAGAAUGUGCAUAUCUGUAUAAAUGUUAUGUGCAAAUGAAGAUCUUCAUGGUUUUUUUUUUUUUUUGGAAGAAUCAGUUGAGGCUAUAAAUAUUUAUAAACUAGUUGUUGGUAUGCCUGCUUUUGUAGGAAUGUCACAUGUAUUAUUCAUUUGGGCAAGGGGUACUGUUGUUUGUGAACUACGUUUUAAGAUGUUGUCAAUGCUUAAAGUUUUUGAAUAAAGUUUUUCAGAAUUGUA